AUGAGAAGUCCGCGGGCGUUGGCGGACCAAUCGAAGUACUGUCGCUUCCACCGGCAACAUGGGCACGACACUGAACAGCGUCGGGAGCUAAAGAGACAGAUCGAGGAGCUCAUCCGUAGGGGGCACCUCGGCCAGUACCUCCACCCAGACAAGGAACCUUUGCCACGCCCGGAGGGUCCCGUCGAGCGACACAUCAACGUAAUAACAGGCGGCCCCGCGUCUGGAAGGGACUCCAUGACCAGAAAGAAGGCAUAUGCCAGAGUCGCCUCAGCCGAAGCUCCCAGACACGCGCCCAGGCCUAAUGUCACCUUCCCGGCCGGGACAUCUGAACAGGCCGAGCACGACGACGCGCUCGUGAUAUCAGCCAGAAUCGCCAAUGCGCAGUUCCAGAAGCUCGGCCUAUCCAGGGACAACAUGAAGUCGAUAUCCUCGGCGCUCACCGGAUUUACCGGUGAUUCAAUCUCACCACUAGGGGCGAUCACUUUGCCCUUGACCCUGGGGGCCCCGCCGAGAUCGAAGACAGUAAUGACCACUUUCUUGGUAAUCAAUCUCCCCGCGGCAUACAACGUCAUCCUCGGUCGGCCGACCCUCAACAAAAUCAGAGCCAUCAUCUCGACCUACUACCAAACUGUGAAGUUCCCGACCCACGCCGGGACCGGAGAGAUCGCAGGGAGUCCUCGAGAGUCCCGGCGCUGCUACCUAACCAUCGUCUCGUUACACAAGAAGGCCGGGAUCGAAUCGCCGUUGGCAGACCCCAGGGAAACGCAGAAGCCAGCCCCCCAUCUUGAGCCGAGGGGGUCCACCAUCGCUGUGCCGCUGCUAGAGGAUCGGCCGGAGCAGACAGUUAGGAUCGGGUCAGAGCUACCCGAGCAAGAACGAGGACAGCUCGUUGGCCUCCUACAGAGGAACGCUGAUGUCUUCGCCUGGUCGCCCUCUGACAUGACAGGCGUCGACUCGGAAGUCGCCCUACAUCACCUCAGGGUCUCACCUGACGCCCGCCCGGUAAAAUAA